AGAUUGUUACAAGCAUUGUCAUUGGAUAUGUCAAAGAAAAAUAAGACUAUAGAUGAAUUGAAAAAUCAUUACCGUGUAAAUACAAAGACAAUUAAAGAUCUUAAAGAACAGCUAUCAAAGAAGGACCAGGAAAUAAUAUUGUAUUAUAGACAAAAACAAGAUUUAGAGGAGAAAUUAGAGGUGCAAAGGGUUACUAAACAAAGAG